CCUAAGGUUCUUAUUAAUAUGCCUCACUGCUGGUGUUGGAAAUGUGAUUUCAAGGUAUUUAUAUUUUGAUGCUGCAGAGUGAUAAUCCAUUUAUGCACCCCUGUUAUCUCAUAGUGAUGAUUGAAUCUUGUCUAAAUUUUCAAUAUUUUAUCACAUUUUUGAAUUUGCAAGUUCAACCAUGUGAUAUUUGAGACAAAGAAGUAAUGUGUCUUGCACUCAAAUUUGGUAGUUGCAAAUAAAGGUUUUACUUACACCAUAUUUGAAAAUUAUGCUUUUAUGAUUUCUAGUUGGAUAGUACAAAAUUUAUUUAAAUUUGGAGCUGUUGACCCCAUCGUUGAAAUGGUUUAUGAUAAUGAAAGACAAAUUUUGUAUGCAAGAACUGAGGAAAUGAAACUUCAGGUUUUUGUUCUGGGGCCAAGUGGAGAAGGUCCACUAAAGAAAGUGGUUGAAGAAAGGAAUAUUUUCAAUCAAACGGAUACACAUUAUGGAGGUAGACAAUCAACAGGACCAAGAGUCUCGAAUCGAUCAACAAAACCAUUGAUAGUCUGCAUUUCACUUUUAUCGACUGUUGAAUCAAAGUGGUUGCACCUUGUUGCCGUCUUAUCAGAUGGAAGAAGGAUGUAUCUUUCCACUUCUCAUUCUAGUGGUAAUGGUGCAAGUGUUGGAGGUUUGAGGGGAUUUAACAAUCACCAGCAUAGACCAAGCUGUUUAAAAGUCAUGACAACUAGGCCUUCUCCUCCUUUGGGGGUUGGUGGAGGGCUUGGAUUUGGAGCUAUAUCUCUUGCUGGGAGGAAUCAGAGUGAGGAUCUGUUAUUGAAGGUUGAAGCAGCAUAUUUCUUAGUUGGAACCCUUAUCCUUUCUGAUUCAUCACCAUAAACUAUGUCUUCUUUUCUUAUGGUAAGCAAGGACUCAAGCUCACAAUCAUCUUUGUCUGGUAGUUUGGGGACAAGUGCUAGGACUUCUCGAGCACUAAGGGAAACAGUGUCUUCUUUUCUUGUUGAAGGUCGAAUGCUAUCUGUGGCUGAUGUUUUACCUUUACCAGAUACUGCUUCUACUGUUCUAUCCUUGUACUCAAAACUUGAAUUUUGUGAACUUGAAAGCUUAGGGGAGUCCUAUGAAAACGCAUCUGUAAAACUUUGGGCAAGAGGUGACCUUUCAACCUGACAUAUACUGCCAAGGAGGAGAAUUGUUGUUUUUAGCACCGUGGGCAUGAUGGAAGUAGUUUUCAACAGGCCCAUUGAUAUUUUGAGAAGGUUGUUUGAAUUGAACACAUCAAAAUCGAUCAUAAAAGAUUUUUUUAACUGUUUUGGAGCGGGCAGGGCAGCUUCAAUGUGCUUGAUGCUAGUUGCGAGGAUAGUUCUUUUUAGCUGUGGAGUGUAUUGAAAGAGUUGCUAUAACUUCAGACUCUGAAGAGAAGGAAAAUCUUGCUAGAGAGGCCUUCAAUUUCUUAAGUAAAAUCCCAAAAUCCACAGAUUUACGAACUGUUUGCAAACGCUUUGAAGACUUAAGGUUAGGUUUUAUGAAGCUGUGGUUCGCUUACCUCUGCAAAAGGCACAGGCUCUUGAUUCUGCAGGUGAUGCCUUCAAUGAUCAAGCUAAUGCAGCAACCAAGGAGUUUGCUCUUGCACAACGUGAAAAAUGCUAUGAGAUAAUCACAUGUGCUUUGCAAUCUCUAAAAGGUGAUUCUUCUCCUAGAGAAUUCGGGUCCCCUGUUAGACCUGCUGCUGCACGAUCUACCAUUGAUCCAGCCUCACGGAAGAAAUAUAUAUGCCAGAUUGUUCAGCUUGGUGUGCAAUCACCAGAUAGAAUAUUUCAUGAGUACCUGUAUAGAACUAUGAUUGAUUUGGGUCUUGAAAACAAGCUGUUGGGGUAUGGAGGUCCUGAUUUGGUGCCUUUUCUGCAAAGUGUUGGUCAUGAACCCUUACAAGAGGUUCGGGCUGUGUCUAGAUUAACAUUAGUGACUUCCCUAAUGAGUCGAACUAUCCCAUCAAAUGGAGCUAAAUACUUGGAUCUUUUGGCAUGAUAUUAUGUCUUGAAACGACAACAUCUACUUGCGCCUCAUGUUUUGCUAAGGCUUGCUGAAAGAAGAUCAAUUGAUGCAAAUGAUGCUCCUACUCUUGAUCAGAGGCCAAGAAUGCAAGUAACAGUGACAGUCUAGUUAGUUCUUCUUGAGGUGCUUUUGAUAAUGGAUUGUUGGAUUUACUUGAAGGGAAGGUCACUAUUCUUCAGUUUCAAAUAAAAAUCAAAGAGGAUCUGGAGGCCAUAGCAUCUAGUUUGGAACCAUCAGGUGACAUGUCUGCUCAAAAUGUACCAGCAGCUAAAAGCCAUUCUUCUAACAAUACUGACUUUGCAAACACUGUCUGAGAAAAGAUCAAAGAUCUAUCAUUAGAUUCGAAGAACAUCACUCAGUUAUAUGAUGAAUAUGCUGUUCCAUUUGAACUUUGGGGGAUAUGUCUACAAAUGCUUUACUUUGCAAGCUAUUCUGGUGAUACCGAUAGUAGCAUUAUAAGAGAAACCUGGGCUAGACUUAUUGAUCAAGCUCUUUCAGAGGGUGGCUUUGCUGAAGCUUGUUCAGUGCCGAAGAGGAUUGGUUCCCUUGUGUAUCCUGCGGAUGGAGCAGUUUUACCUUUGGACACUUUAUGUCUGCAACUUGAGAAAGCUGCACUGGAGGUAUUGGAUUCAGGAGCUGAAAUUGUUCGAGAUGAAGAUGUACCAAGGGCUCUUCUGGCUGCUUGCAAGGGAGCAGUUGAACCUGUAUUGAACGCUUAUGACCAAUUAUUGUCGAAUGGAGCUAUUUUGCCAUCUCCUAACCUCAGAUUACACCUUCUUCGAUCCGUUUUUGUGGUAUUUAGAGAGUGGGCAAUGUCUGUAUUUGCUCGGAGAAUGGCUACAAGUUCUACUGGAGCCUCUCUUAUAUUACGUGGAACAUUUUCAGUUGAGCAAACAACUGUCAUAAACCAAGGGAUUCGAGAUAAGAUCACCAGUGCUGCAAACAGGUAUAUGACAGAGGUACGGAGACUUCCCCUUCCACAAAGCCAGACCAAGGCUGUCUACAGAGGAUUUAGAGAACUUGAGGAAUCCCUAAUAAGUUCUCUUUCUUUUACUCGAUUUUGAUUGUUUCUUCUUUAUGUAAUAUUGUAUGAUGAAAUAUUUUUUUUCACGGGUUUUGCCAAUAAAUAAUAUUAUAGGUUCAAUGUUGGAAGUGCUCAUAUGCUUAACAGUAGACAGUUCAAAUGUAAAAAAUGCUGUGGUUUUAUCGAAAAAAUAUCAAGAGCUUGAAUUCUCA